AUGGGAGGGCAUUUAUCUCACUCGGAACGUGAGCAGAACUCGGAGAUUCUUGAAGCAACAUGUGGUCCGAUUAGAGGAAAUAUUUAUAAACAUGGAGACAAAAUAGUUUAUGGAUACCUCGGAAUUCCUUUCGCCAAACCACCAAUCGAUGAUCUUCGUUUCAAGAAACCAGAGCCAUUUGGUGUUUGGACUGAACCCAGAGAUUGUACUGAGUAUGGUCCAAGAUGUCCACAGUCUGGCCCGUUUGCUGAAGCUAUCCGAUUUGAGAAAGAAGAUAUUGCUGAUGAAGGAAUCUGUCUGACUGCCAAUGUAUUCGCUCCGAGAUGGGAAUCUGAUGAGUUUAAAAAAGGACGCCCUGUGAUGGUCUACAUUCAUGGCGGUGGUUUUGAGUGUUCGGCUUCAAGAGAUUACUGUGAUUACUCGAUAUCUGGAACCCUUCCCUUGAAGGAUGUUAUUGUGGUCACAUUGAAUUAUCGAAUUGGAAUUCUUGGUUUCUUCUCCACUGGAGAUGAAGUUUGUCCCGGAAACUUCGCGCUGUGGGAUCUCACUUUGGGUUUAAAAUGGAUACGAGAUCACAUUGAAUCAUUCGGUGGUGAUCCCAAUAACGUAACAAUUUUUGGGCAGAGUGCAGGUGCGGCACUUGUUGAUCUACUUGCGUUGAGUCCACAUUCAAGAGAUCUAUUCCAACGUGUCAUACCAAUGUCUGGUGGUGCCCUCUGUGAAUAUGCAGUUCGUACAGCUGAAAGUCAAGCAGAAGUAUGUAAACAGUUUGCUCGUCACUUGGGAUAUUCUGGAAAUGAUUCUGAAAGUCUCUUCAACUGGAUAAGAGCAAAAUCUAUAAAAAAUAUUGAGAAAAUGAAUGGUUUCAAUGUCCCGGCAUCAGGAAUUCUGGCGUAUACUCCUAAUUUAGAUGGAGAUUUCUUCCCCAAGCCGCUGGAUGAACUGAGAAAAGAAUCUCCGAAAAAGAGUAUUAUGAUGGGAUUCACGGAGCAUGAAGGUCUCUUUUUUGAGUUCUUGGUUCGUGAUCCAACACCCCCUUUCGAUACAUUGAGAAGAAAUGUUGAUACGUAUUACAAGGAAGAUACUGGAAGUGAUUUUAAAGAAGUUCGAGAGAAGAUUUUCAGUUUUUAUACUCGUAAUGUUGAUAGCGAAGAUGAGAAGAAAUUGAGAGAAGUGGUUAUUGAUUUUGUCGGAGACGCCCUCUUCACCGCUGGAAUCUUCGAGAACGCCAAGUCUUGUCUGAAGCAUGAAAAUGAUGUAUGGUUGUAUAUAUUCGAUUACUGUGAACCAUCUGGAUUCGGUCCUCAAGAAGAAUUCAUGACAUUUGUUGCCCCAACUCAUUGUACAGACUUGAGAUAUAUUCUGGGAGAAGGAUUGUAUAGUGACUUCAAGCCAACAGCAGAAGAACUGAAGAUGAUUAAGAAAAUGACAGAAAUGUAUUCCAAUUUCGCCAAAUAUGGCAACCCAAAUGAGAAAGGAUCCAAUGAGUGGGAACGAUAUUCAUCGGAGAAACCUAGAAGACACUUCAGAAUCUCGUAUCCGCGUGGAGAGAUGCGAUCGGAUUAUCACGCGGAGAGAAUGCAGUUUUUGGAAAGCAUCAGAAAAAAUAAUAAAAAUCUAGAAGCUGUUGUUUAUGGACAAAUCAAAAUGGGUGGUCACCUCUCUCAUCUCAAACCGGAACACCAUACUAAUAUUUUUCUGGCUUCGUGCGGUCCUGUACGCGGAAAUUUGUAUCGACACGGAGAGAAAACAGUAGAUGGAUUCUUGGGAAUCCCUUAUGCAAAACCACCGGUAGGAGAGUUGAGAUUCAAGAAACCGAUACUGGCAGAUGUUUGGACUGAACCAAGAGACUGCACACAGUAUGGUCCACGAUGUCCUUCUUCUGGCAUGUUCUAUGAAAAAAUUGAUCUGAAAAAUCAAGAUAUACCGGAUGAAGCAAAUUGUUUGACUCUGAACGUCUUUCGUCCUAAUUGGCAGUCUCGAGAAUACAUCAAACGCCCUGUGAUGGUUUUCAUUCAUGGAGGUGGAUUUGAACUUUGCGCUUCAAAAGAUUAUUGUGACUAUUCAUUGACAGGUACUCUCCCUUUGAAAGACGUUGUUGUAGUUUCCAUCAAUUAUCGUCUCGGAGCAUUAGGAUUCUUUUCCACUGGAGACAAAGUUUGUCCUGGAAACUUUGCUCUGUGGGAUCAAACAUUAGCUUUGGAAUGGGUUCAAAAACACAUAAAAUCAUUUGGUGGAGACCCAAACAAUGUAACUGUUUUCGGACAAAGUGCAGGUGGUGUCAGUGUGGACCUACUUUCGUUGAGUCCUCAUUCAAGAGAUCUCUUCCAUAAAAUAAUACCAAUGUCUGGAAGUGCACACGUUCCUUUCGCAAUUCGAACAUCUUCAAAUCAAGCUGAAGUAGGACUUGAGUACGCGAGAAAUAAAGGAUUUACGGGAUCUGGAUCCUCUGAACUAUUUGAGUUUAUGAGAAACUUGCCAACUGAGAAACUACUCGAAAGAGCUGGAUUCGAGCAUUCGGCAUCUGGAAUGGUGUCUUUUGGACCGAAUCUUGAUGGAGAUUUCUUCCCGAAACCUCUGGAUGAAUUACGAGAAGAAGCUUCGAAGAAAUCAGCACUGAUAGGGAUGACCGAGCACGAGGGCUUGCUGUUUGCAUUCACUGAUCCGAGUUUUACAACUGCUGAUGUAGUGUUGAAAAAGAAGAUCAAGAUGGAGUAUAAAGAAGAUGUUGUAGACAAUCCAGAAGAGAUUUGCAAGGAAAUAUUGGACUAUUAUAUGAACUUCAACAACGAAUCCAAUGAAAAGAAACUUGUGGCUUACACCGGCGACUCAAUAUUCAAUGCGGGAGUUUUAUUGGCCGCGGAGAGUUUGGCUGCGCAUGGAAAUAGUGUAUACUUGUAUGUCUUUGAUUAUUGUAACCCAGAUGGGUUCGGUCCACUUGGAGGUAUACUUCCAUUCAAAGUUCCAACUCAUUGUACUGACCUCCGAUACAUCCUUGGAGAAGGAGUUUACAGUAAAUUCGACCCAAAUGAGGAAGAGUUGAAGAUGAUGGAUUAUAUGACUACUGUGUUCACCAACUUUGCCAAAUAUGGAAUGGGUGGAUAUCUUUCUCAUCUAAAAGCUGAACCCCUUCCCGGAGUCCUGAACGCAUCUUGUGGUCCUGUCAAAGGAAAUUGCUAUCGCCAUGGUGACAAAACUGUGAAUGGAUACCUUGGAAUCCCGUAUGCUCAACCUCCAAUCGGAAAACUUCGAUUCGAGAAACCAGUUCCAGCAGAUAAUUGGACAGAACCAAGAGACUGUACUCAAUACGGACCGAGAUGUCCACCAUCUGGAGCUGGCCAUGAGAGAGGUUUCAUUGCCGAAAGAGAUGUUCCAGAUGAGGAAAAGUGUUUGACUGUGAAUGUUUUUGUUCCGGGGUGGGAAUCAGAGGAAUUUAAAAACAAGCGACCUGUUAUGGUUUAUGUGCACGGAGGCGGAUUCGAAGUUUCCUCUUCUAGAGAAUUCUGUGACUACUCAAUGUCAAGUACUCUUCCAAUGAAAGAUGUCAUUCUGGUCACCCUCAACUACCGUCUUGGAAUUCUUGGAUUCUUUACAACAGGAGAUGAAGUAUGCCGUGGAAAUUUUGGAUUGUGGGAUCAAACUCUUGCUCUCAAAUGGGUCCAGAAACAUAUUGUUUCUUUCGGAGGAGACCCAAACAAUGUGACACUUUUCGGACAAAGUGCAGGAGGAGCUUGUGUUGAUUUACUCACUUUGAGUCCUCAUUCUAGAGAUUUGUUCCAAAAAAUUGUGCCAAUGUCUGGCUCUGCAUUGUGUGAAUUUGCAAUUAGAACUGCAAAAAAUGAAGCGGAAGUGUUUGAUGACAUGGUUGCUAAACUUGGUUUCACUGGAUCAGGAUCGAAAGAAAGAUUGGAGUUUAUGAGAAACCUUCCAUGCAAGAAACUGGUUAGCAAGACUGGUUUCCAGUACAAUAAAUCUGGAUUCAUGAGCAUGUGCCCUAAUUAUGACGGAGAUUUCUUCCCGAAACCACUAGAUGAGCUCAGAAAAGACGCGUCCAAAAGAAUCAUGAUGACUGGAAUCGCUGGAAAUGAAGGCAUUCUUUUUGCAUUCAACCAUUCCACAUACAGCAAUUAUACCGAACUGUUGCAACAAAAAAUUGCGGAAGACUACAAAGAAGAUGUCGUGGAUGAUGUGGAAGGUGUUCGUAAGGAAAUUUUUGAUUACUACACAAAAGAUAUUCCAAAUGACGAUGAUACUAUGAUGAGAAGAGCUGCAGAGUUCGUAGGAGACUCUGUUUUCCAUACUGGACAGUUGGCAACUGCUGAAAGUGCAGCAAGGCAUGGAGAUGAAGUGUGGUUCUAUAAAUUUGAUUACUGUAAUCCUGAUGGUUUUGGACCGGUGAGAGAUGCACUUCCAUAUGUUGCUCCAACUCAUGGUAUCGAGCUUCGCUACCUCUUCGGAGAUGGAAUUUUCAGCAAGUUCGAACCAACUGAAGAAGAAUUGAAGAUGCUUGACAAGCUGACAACUAUUUUCUCGAACUUUGCCAAGUAUGGAAAUCCUAACGAGACUGGCUCCACGAAAUGGGAGAAAUAUGAUCUGAAUCGUCCUGGAAGGCAUUAUAGAAUCAGUUAUCCAGACAGCGGAAUGGAAGAUGAUUAUUGUGGUGGGAGAUGGAAGUUCCUUGAGGAAAUCAGAAAGAAGAAUAGAUGCUUCCAGGCUAACGUUUAUGGAAAGAAAAUCUGA